AAUAUGAAACAACUAGAACUACGGGUGUGAGCACUCUCAUUUCUUCUCUGCUAAUUUCUAGCGUAAAUGUUUUCAAACUUGUGAGGAACAAGUUACAAAGUGUGUGUAAAAUUAAAAAUUUAUUGUCAUUACUAUUAAUAUAGUAUAUUAAUGAUUACAAAAUGGAAGAAAGUAAUCCAACAAAACAACAGGAACAAGAAAAUGUAAAGGAACUGACAUGGAAAGAUUUGGGGAUCGUAGACACAUUGUGUAAAACAUGUGAAGAUUUAAAAUGGAAAUCACCUACAAAAAUUCAAUGUGAAGCUAUUCCGUUAACCCUUGAAGGUAAAGAUGUAAUAGGAUUAGCAGAAACUGGUUCUGGUAAAACUGCAGCCUUUGCUAUUCCUAUAUUACAGGCACUGUUAGAAAAUCCACAAAGAUAUUUUGCUUUAAUUUUAACACCUACCAGAGAACUAGCCUUCCAAAUAUCAGAACAAUUUGAAGCUCUAGGGUCAAGUAUUGGAGUAAAAUGUGCAGUAAUAGUAGGUGGAAUGGACAUGAUGUCUCAGGCAUUGUUAUUGGCAAAAAAGCCACAUAUUUUAAUUGCCACUCCAGGUAGAUUAGUUGAUCACUUGGAAAACACAAAAGGUUUUAAUCUACGUUCUUUAAAAUUCUUGGUUAUGGAUGAGGCAGAUCGAAUUUUGAAUAUGGAUUUUGAAGUUGAAGUAGAUAAAAUUUUAAGGGUAAUUCCUCGAGAAAGAAGAACAUUGUUGUUUUCUGCAACAAUGACUAAAAAGGUUCAGAAAUUACAGAGAGCAUCUUUGCGAAACCCUGUUAAAGUGGAAGUUUCAACAAAGUACCAAACUGUUGAAAAAUUACAACAAUAUUAUAUUUUUAUCCCAGUUAAAUUCAAGGAUGUAUAUCUCGUACAUAUCUUAAAUGAAUUAGCAGGUAACAGUUUUAUGAUAUUUUGUGCGACUUGCAACAAUACAGUUAGAACUGCUCUUCUUUUACGAAAUUUGGGCUUUACUGCUGUUCCUUUGCAUGGACAGAUGUCACAGAAUAAGAGAAUAGCUGCACUUACUAAAUUCAAGGCGAAAAAUCGAUCUAUACUUAUUUCCACAGAUGUUGCUAGCAGGGGUCUCGAUAUUCCUCAUGUAGAUAUUGUAAUAAAUUUCGAUAUACCUACACAUAGUAAAGAUUAUAUACAUAGAGUUGGACGUACUGCACGUGCUGGUCGUUCUGGUCGUUCCAUUACGUUUGUAACACAGUAUGACGUAGAAUUGUAUCAAAGAAUAGAGCAAUUGAUAUCAAAACAAUUACCAUUAUAUCCGACUGAAGAAGAAGAAGUAAUGGUGCUCCAAGAAAGAGUAGCUGAAGCACAACGUAUUGUAAAAAUGGAAAUGAAAGAUAUCGAGGACAGUAAAAAAUUAGGUAAACGAAAGAAGCGUCAAGAUGACAAUGAGGAGGAUGAUACAGAACAAUCUAUGGGAGUCAGAAAAAGGAUAAAAGGCAAAAAUAAAGGAAGGGCCAAAAAGGGUUAAACGGUCUAACUGCCUUAUCAAGUACAUUUACUUUUCCUUAAUAAAUAAUAGAAAUGCAAGAUAG